AUGAAUCAAUCUUUAAUUGCAAGAUUUUACAGUAAGUUACCACUUAGUUUAAAAGGCAGAAAGAAAGCUUCACAGGAAUGGCUAAUUAGACAGUUCAAGGAUCCAUAUGUCGAGAAAGCUAAGAUUGAAAAUUACAGAUGCAGAUCUUCCUUUAAGUUAAUAGAAAUGAAUCAAAAGUACAAAUUAUUAAAUCCAGGAGAAACAGUGAUUGAUAUUGGAUGUGCACCGGGAAGUUGGAGUCAAGUGUGUGUUAGAGCAAUCAAUUCUGAUGGACGAGAUAAGACAAAAGUAAAAGGAUUUCUUAUUGGAAUUGAUAAGCAGCAGAUAUAUCCAUUAGAAGGUGUUACAUUUCUGGGCAAUACAGAUUUUACAACUCAAGCAGCAAAAGAAAAGAUUUUAAAGGCAUUGGAAGGAAGGAAAGUCACAACAAUAGUGUCUGACAUGGCACCAAACUCUAGUGGAAUCAAGUCAUUGGAUCAAGAGAAUAUAAUGGAAUUAGUCAACUCGGUAUUUGAUUUUUCAAAGAAUUUAGGAGCAAAUACAAUGCUAGUUAAAGUAUGGAGCAAUGGAGAGUUAGGAAAGUAUGUUAAUGCUGUCAAGGAAUAUUAUGAGACAUGUCGUUAUGUUAAGCCAGACGCCUCACGUUCAGAUAGUGCUGAAAUGUUUAUAUUAGCAAGAGGAUUUAAAUCAAAAAAUUCAACACAGAAAUAG